GGCACGGAGCUUAGUUUCCUUUGCCCCCGGCGUAGCCGCCGCAGGUAAAUUCGCCUGGCACAUAUUGGAAGUGACAGGAGCGAGAGCCUCAUCCUAUUUAGGCGGCAGGCAAGGAGGCUGGAUUAGGUGUGUACAGUGUGAAGCAGGGAUCCCUGGCAAGAAGCAUCCCUCCUCCGAGCACCGCUACCCGGCGUUGCCAGCGGCGAAGCUUCCACGGUCAACGAAAAGAGGGGAGCGGCGGCUUGGAGGGAGGACGCACUCGAUAAUUUUUGUUGUGUUUUUUUUUUGCUUACGGAGGAUUUAAAGACUCGGCACAUUUUAAGUUUGAUGGCCGAGAGAUCUUCGCGGUUUUUGUACGGAACAACGACGAAGAGUCGGCGCUUCACGACAAAAAACUUAACCGUGGUGGUGGAUUGACCAUGAAGCCAGUUUCAUCGAUUUGACGUCGACUUUGUUACAUUAUAUUAGUGUCCUUGGAUUAUGGGGGCAGCCGAUCGUUUGACAAAUGCGGCGGCUAAGUGACGGAAGCAUGCGCAACUGCCUUUUUGUGUCCAUUUGAGCGCCGCGUGCGUGUGGACGGGCUGAAGGGAAUUCUCCAAGUUCGCUUUGUAUUCAUUCGUCUGUGGGGCUGAUCGUGAAAUCGGUGGCCAUGCAGUUGGGCGGACAGGCGGUGGGUUUAAGGCUGGCAUGCGUGGCUCUCGCACUGAGCGGCAUCGCCCUGCAUGCCACUGACGCGCAGAAACGGUUACCUUCAGAAACCGUACGAGAAUGGGCAAGGACAUUUGCGGAGGAGAUGCGGUUCGUUUCCACCCGCUACUCUGGGUACAGCUUCAUGCAAAAGAAAUACAAGGACUACGAGAAGAGGGUCUACAUCGAGGAGAUGCACGGGCUGAAGAUGGUGCGCAAGCUGGCGCGGCUCAUGGAGGACAUGCUGAGCAGGAAGACGGAGGCAGUGAAGAGACUGGUGGAGGCAGCUGAGGAGGCAGACCUCAAGCAUGAGUUCAACUCAGAAAUGCAGUACGACUACUACAACGCGGUGUUCAUCAACGACGUGGAUGAGGAGGGGAACUACAUUGAGCUGGCGAGGGAGUUCAUCCUGGAGCCCAACGCGCACUUCAACAACCUGGCCGUCAACACAUCGCUCAGCAACGUGCAAGUGCCGACCAACGUGUACAACAAAGAGCCAAACAUCGUGAAUGGUGCAUUCUGGUCCGAGGCCCUGAACCCCGUGUUUGAGGACAACUUCGAGCGCGAUGCCACCCUCACCUGGCAAUACUACGGCAGCUCCACAGGAUUCUUCCGCCAGUACCCGGGUAUCAAAUGGACGCCAGAUGAAAAUGGAGUGAUUUCAUUUGAUUGCAGGAACAGGGGCUGGUACAUUCAGGCGGCGACGUCGCCCAAGGACAUCGUCAUUCUGGUGGACGUGAGUGGCAGCAUGAAGGGUCUGCGCCUCACCAUCGCCAAGCAGACCAUCAGCACCAUCCUGGACACACUCGGGGACAACGACUUUGUGAACGUCAUCGCUUACAAUGAGCAGCUGCAUUACAUUGAGCCGUGCUUCGAAGGAGGGAUGGUACAGGCAAACCGUGACAACAGAGAGCACUUUAAGCAGCUUUUGGAGGAUAUGCAUGCACAGGGGGUGGCAGAUUUGUCAAAUGCCCUGGAGGAAGGUUUCGUGAUUUUGGACCAGUUCAACGGCACGGGGCAGGGUAGCAUAUGCAACCAGGCGCUGAUGGUCGUCACCGACGGAGCCGUCGAGACCUUUGCAGAGGUGUUUGAGAAGUACAACUCGCCCGACAAGAAGGUCCGCAUAUUCACCUACCUCAUUGGGCGAGAGCAGGCAUUUGCCAAACCGAUCAAGUGGAUGGCCUGUGCAAACAAAGGCUACUACACACAGAUCUCAACGCUGGCCGACGUGCAGGAGAAUGUGAUGGAGUACCUACACGUGCUCAGCCGUCCCAUGGUCAUCAACCACGACCACGACAUCAUCUGGACCGAGGCGUACAUGGACAGCACGCUGCCCCAAGCCCAAAAGCUCUACUCAACCUCAUCCCAGGGGCUACUGCUCAUGACCACCGUGGCCAUGCCUGUCUUCAGCAAGAAAAAUGAAACGAGGUCCCAUGGCAUCCUCCUGGGCGUGGUGGGCACAGACGUGCCACUCAAGGAGCUGCUCAAGAUGGCUCCUCGCUACAAGCUUGGCGUCCACGGCUAUGCGUUCAUCAUCACUAACAACGGCUACAUCGUCACCCACCCGGACCUGCGCCCAAUGUACAAAGAGGGCAAGAAGAUGAAGCCAAAGCCGAACUACAACAGCGUGGAUCUCUCCGAGGUGGAGUGGGAGGACGUGGACGAAGUGCUGCGGACUGCGAUGGUCAACAGACAGACGGGCACCUUCUCGAUGGAAGUGAAAAACUCCGUGGACGAUGGGAGACGCGUUCUCAUGCUGACCAACGACUACUUCUUCACGGCGCUCAAGGACACGCCCUUCAGUUUAGGAGUUGUCCUGUCGCGUGGCCACGGAGAGUACGUGCUGAUGGGGAACGUGUCCAAGGAGGAGGGCUUACAUGAUCUAUUGCACCCUGACCUCAACAUUGCCAGUGACUGGAUCUACUGCAACGUGGACAUUGACCCGGACCAUCGCAAGCUCACGCAGUUGGAGGCUGUCAGGAGAUAUCUGCUGGGAAUUGAACCUGAUCUGCAAUGUGACGAUGAGCUCCUCCAGGAGGUGCUGUUUGACGCCGUCGUGACGGCCCCGCUCGAAGCCUACUGGACGAGCCUCGUGAUGAACAAGUCAGAGAACGUUGAAAAGGGCAUUGAAAUGGCUUUCCUGGGGACACGGGCUGGACUGACCAGAACCAGCUUCUACAUCGGCAAGGAGAAACUCUCUGACAAAGAUUUCCUGACCAAGGACCAGGAAAGCGUCUUCACGAUGGACCACUUCCCCAUCUGGUACCGCCGCGCCGCUGAGCAACCGCCGGGCACAAUCAUCUACACCGUGCCCUACCAAGCAGGGGCGAAACGCAACAAAAAAAUGGUGGUGACAGCAAGCGUCGUCAUCACGGUCACCGAGGACGUGAGGACAGCCGUGGCUGCUGCUGUGGGAAUACAAAUAAAAGUGGACUUCUUCAGGAAGAAGUUUUUAUCUGCAGCUAAACAGCCACAGGAUACUGACUGCUCAGCCAUCGAAGGCCGAUGUCCUAUCGACUGCGAGGACCCGACGCUGAACUGCUACAUCGUAGACGACAACGGAUUCGUCAUCGUCUCCAAGAACGACGAAGAGACGGGAGAAUUCUUCGGGGUGGUGGACGGGGCCGUUAUGAGCGAGCUGCUCAGCGUUGGAGCGUUCAUACGACGGGAGAUGUACGACUACCAAGCCAUGUGCAAGAGGCACCUGGAAUAUGAGAGCAGCGCUUUCAACUUGCUCAACCCGUACCAUUCCUUCAUCGCGGCGAUGAAGUGGAUCGUAACCGAACUGGCAGUGUUCUUCAUGGAGUUCAACGUCUACAGCUGGUGGUAUUCGGGCUACACUUCGCACGCCAAGACCGUCUUCCACUCGUCGCACAAACACAGGAAGCACGACAUCCUGGAGCCAUGUGACACCACGUUCUCCGCGUUCAUUACCGACCGUUCCAUCCAAGAGACCAAUGGCAUCCUCAACUGCGGCUGCCGAAAGACGUUUGUCAUGCAGCAGAUACCCUACAGCAACCUGAUGAUGGUGGUUGUGGACGGCGACUGCGAGUGCACGACCGUGGCUCCCAUGUUGCUCAACUCCUACGAAAUUAAAUAUAAUGAAUCGGUGAAGUGUGAUCGCAUGCGCUCGAUGAAGGUUCGUCGCAGACCGGAUUCUUGCCACGCUUUCCAUCCGGACGAGAACGCGAAGGAGUGCGGUGGUGCGAUGGGCCUCGUGCCGUUCCCCCAGUUCCUCCUCCUCCCAGCGGCUGCCCUCUGUGCCACUUGGAGGUGACAGGAAGCCAUCCCUGACUCACAGAUGCAGCAAAGCCCCCAUCCUCGGCCACUUGCUCCCCUUGCCCUUGAUGAAGCCUCAACCAAGUGAUCGUGGGCAACUUCUAAGGUUAUAUCACCUCGGAGGUUAAAAAAAAACUGAAAAUAUCACAGCAAGAAGAAUGAUUGUAGAUUUGAAGUUUUCGUGACUGCAAGGCUCCAUACUCUUUGGUUCUUUCGGUAAAGUCACGGAGGUGACUUGCUGUGGUUGUCACACCUGAUGAUGAUUACUUGUGUUGCAAUCGAAACGUCGCGAUUUAUUUAUUUAUUCGCCUACGUGACUUUACCGAAAGAACCAAAGAGUAAGAAGAAUGAUCUCACGGCGUCAGAAAAGGGGAGAUCUGCAUGUGAAUGCGUCAUCUUGAAGUGGUAUAUUAUCACACAAACUGACAAAAAAAACCUGGAUUUCUUCAAUGUCCCGGGAAGACGAACACAUUUCCCAGGACUACCUCGAUGGGAGGACAAAUCCGGCGAAAACCAGAACAGGUGGCAAUCCUGACAGUAUCUUGUAAAUUCGAAAACAGAAGACUCUCCACUCGCGAGCAUGCCUGCCAAAUGUUACAGCUGACACGAAGCCCCCGCCAGCUGCGGUGUUUAGAGCCGAGGGGACACGCCCCACACACACACCGCCGCGUACUUCGCCAAACUUGAAAAAGCCUUCAAGAAAAUGUUUCACCGCAUGACUUUAUCGCGCGACUCGUGGCGUCGUCUCUUUGAACCGUGGCAAAUGUGAAUGUCGACAGAGUCGCAGGGGCGCAUUCAAGAGCCAGACACAGUGGCGACAAAGGUGCGCAAAAGUUGCCGCCUUUUGAAAUAUUCACCUCCGACUUAACCCAUGAGGGUACCUCCAUGCCGUCGGAUCAACACCCAUCAACAGCGCUCCAGUCUCUCCGCCGACCGCUGCUGUGUUUGAAACACCAGCAUGAAGUUUGCCAAGCAGCCUGCAGAUGCUGGAUCCAUUUGAUUUUCCACUUUUAUCUCUUAGAAGACGCCGAGUUGCCAGCAUUUGAAGAGAGAGGUGUUUGAGAUGAUGGUUUCGUUCUGCUUUAUUUGACUGUGACAUGUGGCCAUGUGCAGUGGGUCGUUUAGGAAAGUCAGGCACGUGUUCGCCGAUUUAUAAUUUAUUAAGGAUAGGUUUCCCACUCUCCACCCCUCCCUAACAGUAACAAAAAGACAAUGACAUCUGCACGCGACUGCCCUGACAAGCAUGCAACUUCUUCAGGUAGCCACCGGCUUGAGAAGUUGGGACACGGACACUCUAAACAGCCAUCACUGAUGACGGGCGUAUGUUCUCGCGGCUGUGUUGGAUAGUCUAGAUUUGAAGUUUUCGUGACUGCAGGCAGAACCGGCCCUAGACCUUUGGGGGCCCUAAGCAAAAUUUGGUUGGAGGCCCCUUUGAUGUAUGAUUUUUUUCACCCACUCGCUAGCAAUGACUCUAGGGGGCCCUCUGCUGGCCACGGGGCCCUUUGCAAUUGCAAGGGUCGCUUAGUGGCUGGGCCGGCUCUGACUGCAGGGAUCUAUACUCUUUGAGUAUGUGCUGGAUAGCUUUGCCGAUGAAUGUUUUCGGGUUUGUACCUGCCCGGGUGUUGUCCGGCGUGAUGCGAGCCCUCUCGACAUUUCUCUCCCAUGUGUCGGGAGCUCUUGCGCAUGGCGCGAAACGUUGGACAUCACACCUGCGGUUACAACUUGAAAACAGCUUGGUAGAGAGCUGUUUCUAUGUAUGUUGAACUUCUUUCGCACCGUACGUAGCCAUCUAUGCUAAACGGAGGUGCGGCGCUGUUAUUGCUCGUCGAUUUAUUUACGGAUUAAAAAUGGGAGUGGAGGGACGAGGAUUUAAUGGUUGUUUCGUGGCAUGAAUUGCCCAAUAGGUGCCAAUAAAUGACGGGUGAAAACCAGA